ACGAGAAGGAAAGGCUCACGUUUGUCUACUUUUCUCAAAUCCCCGAAUUUGUUCGAAGCACCAGAGCUCACAUAUAUGUUGCUGUGCGUUAGUGUGCGUAAGUGGAGGGGUAGUUUCCUCUUGGACACCGGUCUGCCGUCUGGUAACACUGCUCUACAGCCAUGUACAGCUGCUAAGUGACAGCUGCUUAAGUUCUAUUAAAUCGGUUAUCUGUUUCUAAUGAAUUUUUAUUUUCAAUGGAAAAUUUAGAAUAACAUGUGAUAUUUGUUUUAAUAUUAUUAAGGAAAAUAGCCUUUUCCUACAUUAUUAUUGACUGAACUGAAAAAACGUGAACAAUGUUAUCUGCAUUUAAAAGAUUAGCUGGAAAAUCUGAUGGAGUUGGUAAUAUAUCUCCUAGACCAGCUCAUCAAUCGAUGCCAACAACAUUACAGAGAAAAUUUGCCAAAGGUGUACAGUAUAAUAUGAAAAUUAUUAUAAAGGGUGAUAGGAAUGUGGGAAAAACCUGUUUAUUCCAUAGACUUCAGGGCCAAAAAUUUAUAGAAGAAUAUAUACCAACAGAAGAAAUACAAGUGACCAGUAUUCAAUGGAAUUAUAAAGCUACCGAUGACAUUGUUAAAGUAGAAGUUUGGGAUGUUGUAGAUAAAGGUAGACGUAGAAAGAAAUUAGAAGGUCUGAAAAUGGACAAUUUACCAUCCGAAAAUAUUAUCGAAGAACCUGCAUUAGAUGCAGAAUUUCUCGAUGUAUAUAAAGGGACCAAUGGUGUUAUCAUUAUGAUGGACAUUACAAAAUCUUGGACAUUUGAUUAUGUACAAAGAGAACUUCCAAAAAUACCUAGCCAUAUUCCAGUCAUUGUUUUAGGAAAUCAUUGUGAUAUGGCACAUCAUAGAACAGUCACGUCAGAUCAUGUGACAUAUUUUAUUGAUUCAUUACACGAAAGAUCAGCGCAAGUAAGAUAUGCAGAAUCAUCUAUGAGAAAUGGCUUUGGAUUAAAACUUUUGCACAAAUUCUUCAAUCUUCCAUUCCUUCAACUACAACGGCAAACACUGCUGAAACAAGUUGAAACCAAUGAAGAAGAAACUCGUUUAACGACCCAAGAACUUGAUCUCUUUCAGGAGAGCACUGACGCCGAUUAUAACGUAUAUUUGGAUAAUCUUAUUAACAAGAGAAGAGCCUUUGCUGACUCUAUUUCUGCCACCAUUCUAGUCCCCAAUGUUACAUCUUCUCUAAGCAAUCAUCAAAUAUCAUCUUCCAAUGGUAAUACAAACGUAAAUGUUGAAAUUAGGAGAUCGGUUACAAUACCUGGUCCAAUAGGAGGUGGAACACCGAUUCCAGUGAAGAAUAUAGAUUUGAAAUCUUUGCCAAAAAAAGAAAAUACGAGUACUUUAGAGAAUCAAGCAGUUCCUAUUAAAAACUCGCAAAUUGCAUCGGCAUUAUCUGCCACACAAAUUAUUUCAAAGACAGAUUCGAAAAUGGCUGAAUUUUUAAAUGAUAAUUCUGAUAGAAAAGACUCGAUUGGCAAACCACAAUCACUUAUGUCAAAGAUAUUUGGCAAUAAAAAGGAAGAUGAAGUGGACAGAGCAGCACAGACUAAUAAUACGAAUACGAGUGUACCAUUAACUAGCGUUGAAGAUUUUGUACCGGACGACGGUCUUUUAGAUCGAUCGUUUUUAGAAGAUGGUAGUCAAAUUUCACCACAGAAAGUACAACACGAAGACCUAGAUUCUGAAAGUGAAACUGAAACUGCGAAUCCUUUGGUCGCUGGUUAUGAGGAUGAUUUAUCAUCGGCUGAAGAAACGACUCCUCCUGUUCAACCAAAAUUGGUCGAAAAUCCUUUAUCUAAACAGAAACACAAACGUGAGACUUUAUCGAACGCAGAAGUAAAUUCAGAAAAGCAACGGCAAACCGAUAAGCGUGAUUCUGUUUCGUCCAUAGACCAAGAAUUGCAAAUAUCGAACGAUUAUGAUAUAAAUGAACAGCAGGAAAUUAGUUCCGACGCGUUUGAUAGUUGGCUUCGACGCGAUUCUAAAUGGAGACAAAGUCCUGAAGGCGGUGAAGACGUAAGCAGUAACAGCACCAGGAAAGACAGACUAGAGUUAAGUGAUAAAAGUUUAGACGUCAGCGUGACAAGUUCUAACGUUCAUUUAGAAUUACUUGACAAUACUAGCGUACGUCAAAUGAGUUCUGAUGGCGGUAGCCCUGUACUAAAAGAAAAAAAAAAGCACAAAGAGAAGAUGGAAGAUAAGGAGAAAAAGAAGAAGAAAAAAGCUAAGGAUAAAGACAAGGAUAAAGACAAAACAGAUAAAGCGGAAAAGAAAAAGAAACGUUCGCUGCAUCGUUCUAGAGACGAAAAUAGAGAACGCGAUGAACUCGAGGAAUUUCUCAAUGGUUCAGCGACUAGAAUUGGUGUUGAUGUUGCUUAUGAAGCGAUAUAGUGUUUUACAUAAAUAACGUUACAUUAACCGUAUUUUUAAUUAAUAACGUUGUCUUCUGGUAAGAUGCGCAAAAUGUCCUUUAACAAUAAAUUUACAAAAAUCGAAAUCAAAUAAAUGUUUGCAACUAAUUUUACAGCAAGCAAUAUACGAUACAAAAAUUAUGUUAACA